AUGUCUGCCUGUAAAUGUCAAUUUAAGUUGGUUUCUUCAACUAAAGCAUCUGAUAUUAUUCCGGUAGAUAAAUAUGUAUCUGAGAAGACCGGUAUCACUGUAAUCAUUGCAGGUGUUGAAGGACCUCUGGUCAAUGGAUUCUUUUGCCUCGCAACGGAAGCUCAUGAUGAUGAUGGUUUGCCACACACCUUGGAACAUCUAAUCUUCCUUGGGUCUGAACGCUACCCAUACAAAGGUAUCCUGGACCUGGUUGCUAACCGUUGCAUGGCCCAAGGAACUAAUGCAUGGACUGAUACAGACCACACAUGCUACACCGUUUAUACUGCAGGAGAUGCAGGCAUGUUGACACUGUUGCCAAUAUACUUGGACCAUAUAUUAAGGCCAACACUCACAGAUCAGGGUUUUAUAACGGAAGUACAUCAUAUUGAUGGGGAAGGAGAAGAUGCAGGUGUGGUGUACUGUGAGAUGCAGGGAAGAGAGAAUACUGCUGACUCAAGAUGUGAAUUGCAACUAGCAAGGGCUAUGUACCCGGACAGUGGUUAUUCUGCUGAAACAGGGGGUAUUAUGGAAAAUCUUAGAACUUCUACUGACAACAUUAAGGUGAAAAAAUUCCACAAGAAGUUCUACAGGCCUGAAAACCUAACAAUUAUUUUGGCUGGUCAAAUUGAAGCAAACGAUGUUUUCAAAGCACUGGAAGUUGUUGAGAAUGACAUCAUCUCCAAGAGAGAAACGGAGCCCAUAGAAGAAUUCGUCAAACCGUGGCAGACCGUCCCACCUAUGCCACAGUAUGGCGAGUACAAUGUGCAGUGGCCAGCCGACACCGAAGACUGUGGACAGAUACUAUUUGGUUGGCGUGGUCCGUUGCUGACGGAGCCAGGAUCGCUAAAAGAUUUGACAGCCUGCGCUAUACUGCUGCGAUACCUGUGUGACACGGCUGCUGCGCCACUGCAACGAUGCCUAGUGGAGAAGGAAGAUGCUUACGCCGGAGAUAUCUCGUACAAUCUUACCGAGAACAUAGCACCGUUGAUCAAGAUCGAACUGGACAAUGUGCCUAUUGAUAAGCUCACAGCGGCUCGGGAUGAAGCUUUACAAUGUUUAAAAACAGUUUGCAGCGGAGAAGACAUAAUGGACAUGGACCGGCUCAAGAGGUUGAUUCGCAAGCAACUCAGGGAAGCCAUAGCAAGUCUCGAGACUAACCCUCACCACGCAGUUGCCUUUAGAUGUAUCGGAGAUGCUUUAUACUCUCAAAACAAUGAUGAUUUUAUUUCGCGCAUGAACCCUCAUCAAGACCUUCAUACUUUGUUAGAAGAAACUCCUGACUACUGGCUCGGUCUGCUUCAAAAAUACUUUACUGAUGAUGUUGUUGUCAUUAUGGGGUCACCCAGUAUUGAGCUACAGGCCAAAAUGGCUGAAGAUGAAAAGACAAGACUCGAAAAACAGAGAGCAAGACUAGGUGAGAAUGGUUUGGCGGAGAAAGAAAAACACUUAAAAGAAGCCAUGGAAUUCAAUGAGCGACCCCCGCCCCCGGGGACCCUGGCGGCUGUACCCGUGCCGCCGUGUGACUCGUUGAAGUGCCACAAUAUUUCCACUUGGAGUACCGACGGAGUGAACUGUCCGUAUUUUAAUCUCAAAAAAAUACCCAUUUACACCAGAGUGCAUAGUUUGAAGACUAAUUUUGUCUACAUAAACUUAAUAUUUGACAUGACGUCAGUAGACCGGGAGACACGCCAGUGGCUGCCGCUACAUAUGAAUGGUUUGGCGGAGUGCGCGGUGAGACGAGGUGACACACUCAUACCUCACGAAGAGGUCAUCUCUGCGAAUGAACAACUGACAGUGUCCUUCGGUAACCACAUAGGGUUCGACCGUUCCGGCAAUUUCUCUGUGGGACAGUUUGGGAACUUGGUACAUAUUGAAGUUAUGUGUGAACCAAAUGAUUACGAGGCGGUAGUUAAUCACCUGUACGAGAUAUUGUUCGCUGCCGAGAUUACGAAAGAGAGGCUGCUAGUGUUCGCUCAGAGGUUAAUCAAUGAUGCUGCUCAGGUACGAAGAUCGGGUGACAAGAUGAUGUACGAUUCACUCCGGGAUUCGGUGUACAGCGAAGACAGCAACGUGCAUUGGUGCACGGUACUGCGCCAACAGAAAUUCCUCAAAGACCUCGUUGAACAGUUGAACGCCGGCGGGGACUCGGCUGAGUCGGCCUUGAGGGAAGCCAAACGUACUUUCACCAACAUCACACGGAACGCUUGGUUACAUUUGGCUACAGAUUUCGAUAGAUACAAGCUGAGCACGGAAGUGUGGAAGAGAUUCGGCAAAUCAACGGCGACAACACCAUCUCCCCCUGUCCUGUACUGGGACGCGGAGCUGCUGUCCGGGUUCGGCGGCGGGUUCGUGAUAGGCGUGGGCGGCUGGGAGUCGUGCUGCGUGGCGCACGUGUCGCCGGGCCCGCUCGGCCACCGCGCCCGGGACGUCGCGCCGCUCAUGAUCGCACUCAACUACUUCACGCAACUUGAGGGUCCGAUGUGGCGCCUGAUACGUGGAUGUGGGCUGUCCUACGGCUACGCGAUACGUCUGUCGCAGAACGAGGGGCGACUCAUAUUCUCUCUGUAUAGAGCCAGCAACGCGGUGCAAGCUUACUGCAAGGCAAAGAGCAUUUUGGAUGAAUACUUGAAUGACGGCAAAUUUGAUGAGGAUCUGUUCGCAUCUGCAAAAAGUACCGCGUUAUUUGAAGUAGUAGAAAAUGAGCAGAGCCCCGCUGAUGUCGUCAAACGAUCUCUGAUGAACUAUCUACAACGGGAAGGCGAAACAUACAACAGGGAUCUCGUCCAGGCGAUAUCAGUUGUCACGGAGGACGCAGCUCAUGCCGCGGCCGUUAAAUGGCUGCCGACAUUGUUCGACGUAAAUGUCAGCAAACUCGCUAUUGCGUGUCAUCCUGCUAAAGUAAACGAUAUGCACGUCGCCUUUGAAAACAUGGGCAUCAAACUGGAAGCGUUCGAGUCGAUGGAGGCGUCGCAUUUUAAUAAAUAA